CUAGUAUGGAUCCAGUAACAGCUGGUGUCGGGGCGUAAUGACCUUUUGUCUCCCGGCGGUCAGGUACGGAGAGGGGGGCGGAGACUCACAAGAAGCCGCUUCAUAUCAGACUCGUCCCAGCGGCGUCCCGGACAACAAAUGGCCGUGAACCGUCUAAAAGGGAGCGUGUGAGCCAGGUUUCUUUUUAUUUUCUCAGCACAGGACUACAGUAAGUGCUGUCUCCAUGUAGGUUGAAGGGGGCAAGGAGCGCUCUGAAUCCUCACACUCUUUUACGUUUUACCCAUCUGGCGGAAGGAUGCGAGAGUCCCGCUGACACCACGGAGAGAUACACGCUGAGACCUAGUAUGGCUGUGGACGCGGCGUCCAGCUUCAGCUUUUGCCGUGCCUCCCUGGAGCACACGCUGUCCGCUGAAGAGCUGAGCUACCAGCUGCCGCGUCGCGCCGGAGGCAGCAACCUGACCUGGCACGACGGCCGCGGCCAGAAGACAGCACACACGCGCACCGUCAAACUCCUGCAGCAGCCCGGCACAGAGGGCAUCCAGUUGCGUCCAGGCGAGGCCUUCACUGUGUAUCACACCAGUCCUACUCUGUCCUGUCUGUCCAAACCUGUGGUGCUGUGGACUCAGCAGGACGUCUGCAAGUGGCUUAAGAAACACUGUCCUCACAACUACCUGACCUAUGUAGAGGCCUUCUCCCAUCAUGCCAUCACAGGCCGGGCAUUGCUGCGUUUGAAUGGGGAGAAGCUGGAGAGAAUGGGAAUCAUUCAGGAGACACUGAGGCAGGAGGUCCUUCAACAAGUCCUCCAGCUACAGGUCAGAGAGGAGGUCCGCAACCUGCAGCUCCUUAGUAGAACCUCCUUUGGAAACUUCUCUUAGGUCAUCCUUGGAUCCAUUUGGCAGCCCCCUUUCCCUCAUCCCCUGGCCACAAUACAUCUCCAGGAGCCACAGAAGAGCUGCUGUCUUCAGAUAUGCGAGCAAAGAAUCUGCAAGUGAAGGGAGGGGAAGGGGCAGGGGGGCGAUCCAAAAGACGACAUGCCAACGCAGUCUGGAGGAUUCUCAUUCAACACGGCCAAUCUGGUUUACAGACACUGAGACUGAGACAAAGCCCUGCUCAAGGCAGGGGAGCCAACUGUAGCAUAGUGAUGAGAUGUAAGAUGCACAACACGGGUGAUGAUGUAAGGCCUUUCACUGGUAUAUGCUUGAUAGCAGAAAGUCUCUUUUUCAUUUCUUUUUUUUAUUGAGAUCAGAAUGAUUAUUGGCAGAUUUUUCACAUGUGCACAGACUCUGGCAUGUUUAUAACAUCCCAACCUUUGAACUUAUUGAUGAUGAAAUAAUUUGUUGGAAAAAUCGUGCUAUCAUUUGGCAACUUUAUCGAAAGUGAGGAAAACUCUUUGUCAAUUUCCAUUUUUUAUGAAACUACAACUCUUCCCCUUUUACAAAGAAUAUUAAAAGCAUUUAAGUGUUACCAGUACAAUCCUGAUCAAUUCUUCACGUACGGCUCACACUGCAUUUUCCUCUCUUAUUUGCGGCAUUUGAGGAUCAGCGUUCAAGCAGAAUGUCAUUCUUACAAUCAGUUUUUUAAUGUCGUGACUGAUCUGCAGUGAGAAAUUAGACAAACAUAAACACUAUGAGCGUUGUAGAAUACUAUAAAUCGUGUAUACUGUUGCAGUACCUUUAGUCUUUUAUUAAUGGGGUGAAUCUAGAAAGCGUAGAGUUGACGCGAUAACCUGUAAAGCAAUAAUUUCGAUGGUUAAAGGCAGAGGAAAGUAAUCGUAUGGGAUAGUAAUCAAAUCUUUUUUACUGACAUGAAAAAGUUACUGUGAUGAGAUCUUCCAGCCUUGUAGCUUCUGCCCCUCACGUGUGCUACUGUAAACUGUGUGGCAUUUAUUGCACACAUAUACAAAAAAAGAAGAAAAAAAAGGACGAGCCUCUGUGGUUAUCCUCCCACUCUCUGUCCCUCGUGGUCCCUUCUGUGAUUUCAAACGCUCAGAAAUCAAGAUACCAUGACAGUUACCAUAACUGCAAGAUUUCCAGUGUGACUGAAGUGAGCACCUUUGAUGUCACUGAGGCUUCACAGAAAGCUUCACAGUGACAAUGUUUAACUCGUAUGAUGAAUAUAAUAUAAGAUGACCAGAUGAAUAUAUGAAACGUCCAACAAACAAAAAGUUCCCUCUCCAACAUCUUCUAAUCUAAUCCCUCCUUUGACAGAGAGUCUUUGGUAAUGCAAGUAACUGACUGUUAAGGGAGAAGACACACUGAGUUAUUAUUUUUAGAUAUCCAGAUGUACUGUAAAUAUGAACUCUUUUGGUUGAUGGACUGUUUGACAUGAAAAAGGUACAAAUGAACAUAUUUAUCUGCUUUACAGAUGUGAAGAAAUACUGUAAGGAAUAUGUUGAAAGUUGUCUUUUUAGAUUAAACUAAUUUGAAUUGUU